AGCGGUGGUGGGCAGAGGAGGGCAGCCGUGCAGCGGGUCACGCAGACUGAGAGGAGCCGGACACACACUUCAGCGGACACACACCCCCACACUGACAGAGAGGUCACAUGACCAUCUGCGCCGUCACAAGUAAAGAGGGAUCUGUUUACACUUGUCAUACAGAGGCAGAAAGAAUAUUUGAGUCCCGCAGCAGAGCUCAGCCCACAGAUAAUCUCUCAGUAUACAGACAGCCAUGGCAGAUAAAAUCAAAAAUGCGAAGAUCGUCUUUGUCGUGGGUGGUCCCGGCUCUGGAAAGGGCACUCAGUGUGAGAAGAUCGUGGCCAAGUAUGGCUACACUCACCUGUCCUCAGGUGACCUGCUGCGCGCGGAGGUGGCGUCCGGUUCAGACAGAGGCAAACAGCUGCAGGCCAUCAUGCAGAAGGGGGAACUCGUGCCUCUGGACACCGUUCUGGACAUGAUCAAAGACGCCAUGAUCGCCAAGGCUGACGUCUCUAAAGGUUACCUGAUUGAUGGAUACCCUCGAGAGGUCAAACAGGGGGAGGAGUUUGAGAAGAAGAUCGGCGCUCCGGCUCUGUUGCUGUACAUCGAUGCUAAAGGCGAGACCAUGGUGAAGAGACUGAUGAAGCGUGGAGAAACUAGCGGCCGCGCAGACGACAACGAGGAGACCAUCAAGAAGCGUCUGGAUCUGUAUUAUAAAGCCACAGAGCCCGUCAUCGCCUUCUACGAGCAGCGCGGCAUCGUCAGGAAGGUAAACUCGGAGCUGCCCGUGGACGAGGUGUUCGCUAUUGUAGAAAAAGCUAUCGAUGAGCUGAAGUAAAAAACACUUGACCACCA